UUAUUUUUUUGUUUACUUUCUUUUGAUUCUUGAUUAGCUUUGUAGAACAGAACCGGAGUCCGGAAGCCGGAGCAUAUUUCGCAAUUCUAUUAAUAAUUAAACAUCGUUAUUACUGGCUGUGGUUAUCUAGCCGGAUUCUUUUGUUCCGUUAUUAUUUCAGUGAAUAAAAGUGAUGCAAUAGCGAUAAUAGGGCAACAAUAAUGACGAAGACAGAUGCAAUACUUCUAAUAGUAUUUGUUUCUCGUUUGGGGUAUGUUGCGGCUAACACCGCCUACAAUGACGAUAAUUCCAUUAACCCAGGCUGGAUAAAGCCUGACCCUUGGUCGAGAUACGAGCACGAAUCACAAAAAAUGUCAGCAGUUCAAUUAGAAGACUGCCAAUGCCCGCCAACACCGACAUGUCCAUCAGAACCUCUACCCAGCCCAGCUGACAAGAACAACCAAUUGGCGCUGCAAAGCUAUAAAAAGUUCGUUGUUCGAUUAUUUGCUGAAAACACGCUGUUUCCUGCUACGGAUUCGGACUAUCUGCUGCGCAAUCUUCAGCUUAAGGUAAAGCCAGACCAAUUGGAGGAACUAAAAAAUGCUGAAACAGCGCGAAAAAUUGACGGAAUAGUUGCCGGCAUAUUCGAACAAUCUAAAGAAGAUGUAUAUUUGCCUAUAGCUGAAUCUUUGUGUUUGAAUGCGACACUUUUACUCCAGAAAAUAGGGGAAAAUGUUGUUCUGUGGUAUUUGGUAAUUGCGGUGGUCGGCCUUAUACUGUUUAAUUACUUAUUUAGGUAUCUCUCAACUGUUUUGCACAUACCACGAUGGUUAUGUGUAGCAUUGUUAUUUGGCGCAAUAAGCUAUACUAAACAGUUUCACGAAUGUAAUGAGGAACUAGAAGCAGCUGCUAUAGCCAAAUUGCACUUUCCUGACUCAUCGAAUCCAUGCAAUCAACUCCAUGACACGCAGAAAGGGUGGUUCCAUGGUAUACAAACAUACUUUGGCAAGGACCCGGAAGCAGAAUGUAGAGAGCGUCUUUUAGAGGCAAAAGGAGUUGGGCGAACCACUUGUGACCCUACAGAGGUGCUGGUCGGACUGAUCGCCAAAAUUCAACUGAAAUAUAUACAAUCUCUCGUAUCGGAAAUAUUCGGUGCCUUGAAGAAAAACACAGAGUCGGCUGGUUUUCUAGAGAAAAUAAUAAUUCUAUGCCUUUUCUUAUCAGUUUUUUAUAUGUUGUUUUCCAUCACUUUUAGAUGUGGAUUCGAGGCAUUUUUUGAUUUCUUAGCGCGUCCGAGACAUCCUACGGCAGCCCCGGUCACGGGAAGAACUCAUGAAAGCAUUAUGAGCACAGAAAGAUCUCAAUCUACAACGACAGCAGCACCAGCUAUCACACUAAAUAUUAAUGUUAGUCAAGCACCAAAGAAAAUAUCGCGCAAGGAGCUGAACAGGGUUGAAGAACUUGCCCGUUCUAGUAAUGCAUUAGCCUUAGAACCGAAUGAAGGUUUGCUCGAAAACGGCUCAGGCGACGCACCGAUUGGCGAGGAGGACACUAGUGAAUCCGAAGUGGAAAGCGAUGUUACACAUAUCGCAUGUCAAUCUCCAGUGUCUGCGACUGAUCCUGAAGGAAACACUAGAAGUACUAAAGACAAGCCACCGGAAGUGAACGAAAAAAAAUCAAGUGACAUUAAAAAUUCAAUAGAGCAAAUAACAUAAUUCCACUAUAAAAUUUAUGAAUUGUUAUAUCAGUUUUGAGAGAAGUAUUGAUUAAAUAAGUUAAUUUUGCUUGGAAAUAAAGAAAAAUA